GAGUCUGGGCAAUAUAGUUGUGUGCUCACUGGAUGAAGAGGCUGACUUAGGGCGGGGAAAGGAGGGAACCAGGCUGGACCCCUCCCCGCAGCUCUCCUCACAGUUCCCCUCUAGUCCCGGCGCGGCGCUGCUGCCCAGAGGACUGGCCUAUCCUCGGCCAAUCCGCUGGGUCCUUAUUGCCUGUUGGGCCCCUAGUGCGAAUCAGUCCCGCCAGAGACCCUUGACGGGCCUCCUGUUUCACUCUGGGCUCCAGCCUCAUGAGGCGAGAGGCGCGGCUUGGCUCUCUGCGUAGAAUAGCGCCAUUUUGCGGUACGGAAGCUACACAGCAACACGUAUAGGAGCCUCUCCCCGAGAUCUUCUAGGGAGCGACCUGUCUGUUUUUGUUUGGGAAGAGGAAACUCCGAAAUGGGAUCGCGGAAGACUUAAAGGGCCAGCCUGAUUUUUUUUUUCCUACUGGUAUGUCUUUUACGGGGUGGGAAAGUGGUUUCAGAAAGAGGCUGGUAUUUAUUGUUGGUGAGGAUGGGGGUGGGGGCCGGACGCAGGACCUCUGGACAACAGUCUCAUGGAGUUUUAUUAAUCUUUACUAAGGAGCACAGUCGGUAUUGUAGGGUUCCAUGUUUUUACGCAAAACCUCUGUCUCUUAGGCCCUGCAGAGUCCUAAGUUGCGGGGUCACUUUAGCGGCAGGAAAGUGUUUUUGACUACUUUUUCUCAUCCCAGCAGGUCUCUGAGGCUCUGGUUGCUACAGGGUCAUCAGGAGCUUGGCUUGCUUGUCUCAUCCUUCCCUUGCCUGGUAUCAUUUUCUCAGUUCUCCCAAAAGCCAUGUCCCGGCCCUUGCUCAUCACCUUCACCCCAGCCACUGACCCCAGCGACCUCUGGAAGGAUGGGCAGCAGCAGCCACAGCCCGAGGAGCCAGAGUCCACCCUGGAUGGGACUGCAGCCCGAGCUUUCUAUGAGGCCCUGAUUGGGGAUGAGAGCAGUGCUCCUGACUCCCAGAGAUCUCAGACUGAACCUGCCAGAGAAAGAAAGAGAAAGAAAAGAAGAAUAAUGAGGGCACCUGCAGCAGAAGCAGUGGCAGAAGGAGCAUCAGGAAGACAUGGACAAGGGAGAUCCCUUGAGGCUGAGGAUAAGAUGACUCACCGGAUACUGAGGGCAGCCCAGGAGGGGGACCUGGCAGAACUUAGGAGACUGCUGGAGCCGCAUGAGGCAGGAGGAGCUGGGGGGAAUAUCAACGCCCGGGAUGCCUUCUGGUGGACCCCACUGAUGUGUGCUGCUCGAGCGGGCCAGGGGGCAGCUGUGAGCUAUCUCCUGGGCCGUGGGGCUGCCUGGGUGGGGGUCUGUGAGCUGAGUGGCAGGGAUGCGGCUCAGCUCGCUGAAGAAGCUGGCUUCCCUGAGGUAGCCCGCAUGGUCAGGGAGAGCCAUGGAGAGACAAGGAGCCCAGAGAACGGGUCUCCCACUCCCUCCCUCCAGUACUGCGAGAACUGUGACACCCACUUCCGAGAUUCCAACCACCGCACAUCCACUGCUCACCUGCUGUCACUGUCCCAGGGUCCUCAGCCUCCGAACCUUCCACUUGGGGUGCCCAUCUCCAGCCCGGGCUUCAAACUGCUGCUGAGGGGGGGCUGGGAGCCAGGAAUGGGGCUGGGACCCCGGGGUGAGGGCCGUGCCAACCCCAUCCCCACUGUCCUCAAGAGGGACCAGGAAGGACUAGGCUACAGAUCAGCACGCCAGCCCCGAGUGACACAUUUCCCAGCUUGGGAUACUCGAGCUGUGGCUGGGAGGGAGAGACCCCCUCGGGUGGCCACACUGAGCCGGAGGGAGGAGAGAAGGAGGGAGGAGAAAGACAGGGCUUGGGAGCGGGAUCUAAGGACUUACAUGAACCUCGAGUUCUGACUUUGGUAAAGUCUGACCCUCGUCUGCUGCUGAAGUCUGAACUUGGGCCUCUGACCUGGGCCCUUUGACUUCCCCUUCCUGGGAUCUGCCCAGGUGCAGAUCCUCAAGUUUUUGGUCAGUGGGCUCUGUCUUUGUGAGAGAUAGGCUGAGAGUGAGAAAUAAAUCAACCUUUUGUGGUUUA